GCAGUAGACAGCAGUGAAGAACAGUGGCGGUGGAGGGAGGACUUCGCCAGGGCUUGCAGCGCGGUGCUCUGAGUCUGGGAAUUGAAAGAAUCUCUGCCAGUUUAUAGAUUGAUGUCUGUUUUUUCGCAUAGUCAUACUGUAUUCAGACGCAAGGGAAAAAAACUUUUAAGUUAAAGUGUUUCACGGAGAGAAGAGAAGUAACGUUUCAGCAUAUGAAUGUGUCCCAUCUUGAAAUGUCUGGAUCGUACUGCAAAAGUUUAUAUGCCUUCAGUGGAGAGCAACACCAGCAAGGACUGAGGUUUGAAGUCGGGGAAAUUAUUAAAAUAACGCAGGCACUGUCUGGAGGUUGGUGGGAAGGUGAGAAAGAUGGAGUUACCGGAUGGUUUCCUGCAAGUUACGUCCAGGUUUUAGAGAAAUCGACAUCAAUGAGCCCCCUGCCAGGAGACAGUCCCCUCCCCCAAGACUGGAAAAGCUACUUGUCUCCCCAGGGACGCAGAUAUUAUGUCAACACCGCUAGCAAUGAAACAACAUGGGAACGACCUUUGGAUGCCCCUGGAACCCCAACUAAUUCAAUCAGACACAAGAACUCCAUACCUGCAGUGAACGGCUUUCACAAUUCUGGAAGUCCUACAACCCACCUUGAAUCCCCGCAUGGAGGAGUACGGAAAACCAGCUCGGACCUACAGAUCAACUGUGUUACCUUUCCCAUGCCGAUGAAUAUGCCAGAGCAACAGCUGCUGAAACCCAAUGAGUGGAGCUACUGUGAUUAUUUCUGGACUGACAAGAAGGACCCCCAGGGAGCAGCCUCUGUCUCAGGGUUCGAGGUUCUACUGCAGAAACAGCUUAAGGGAAAACAAAUGCAGAAAGAGAUGGCAGAGUUUUUGCGGGAAAGAAUAAAGAUUGAGGAAGAAUAUGCGAAGAACCUUUCAAAACUUUCACAGAUUCCAUUAGCUGCACAAGAAGAAGGAACUCUUGGAGAAGCUUGGGCUCAGCUGAAGAAAAGCCUGUCGGAUGAAGCGGAAGUUCACCUGAAGUUCUCAUCUAAGCUCCAUAGUGAGGUGGAGAAACCCCUCCUCACGUUCCGAGAUAACUUCAAGAAGGACAUGAAGAAGUAUGACCAUCACAUUGCCGACCUGCGAAAGCAGCUGGCCAGCCGAUACGUUUCGGUGGAGAAGUCUCGCAAAGCACUAGCAGACAGACAAAAGGACCUGGAGACAAAAACCCAGCAGCUGGAGAUCAAGCUCAGCAAUAAGACAGAGGAGGACAUCAAGAAGGCAAGACGGAAAUCAACACAAGCAGGGGAUGACCUUAUGCGCUGUGUUGAUCUUUAUAAUCAGUCCCAGUCAAAAUGGUUUGAGGAGAUGGUGACCAGCAGCCUGGAACUGGAAAGACUGGAGGUUGAACGUGUGGAGAUGAUACGGCAGCUUCUUUGUCAGUACACAACUCUGCGGCAUGAGACAGACAUGUUUAACCAAAGUACCGUGGAGCCCGUGGAUCAGCUGCUUCAGAAUGUGGACCCAGCCAAAGACAGAGAGCUGUGGGUGAAGGACAACAAGACUGGGGAAGUGCGACCUGUGGACAUGGAGCUAUAGGGAUCGAUGGCCCAAAACCACUCUCACAGACGUGUGGGCUGCAGCUCCACUCUAAAUCCUCCGACCCUCCUGUCAUAUAAGAACAUUCCAAACUCAGAGCAUGAGACUGUUAUGGCCAACACUGCUAAAUAUUUGGCUACUGUACCAUCUUCUGUACACUUCAGUGGAUAAUGUAACAUAAUUUCACGAAAGGUUUCAGCAUAUCUCUUAAAAGCAUCAGGAAAAUAAAAUCCAUCAUGAAAGAAGAAUAACAUGCAGAAGCUUUAAGGUGUAAGUUAAAAUACAUUUUCAUUAAUAACACUUUAUUUUAUGCUUAACAUUCAUGAUCUUAUUUAUUAGUGACUAAUUAGCAAGGUAAUUACACCAUAAUCCAAAGGCAUUUUCUAGUUUUAACACUGACAGCUUCAUUGUGAAUAGUUGUGUCUGCUGAUAUGUUUUUAGGAGCAUAUAAUUACCCAAGACUAGUGAAAACUUAGUUCUCGUAAAGAGUUCAGCUGAUCAUGUCCAGUCAGUGUUUUUGUAGUAACUCGAUUAGCAGUCUUUACAUUACUGGACCACAUACAUAGAAAGGGCUUAACUAAAGACGAGCAGAGGAAUCUCAUGUCAGUCGCUCUAAUAUAUAAUCUCUCAAUGAUUAUUCUGAAUGGUUGAAGGGAAGAUGAUAAUUCUCAUGAAAGCCAUGGCUGACAACAUAGUGAUGCACGUUCGGUAGCCUAUGGGCUAUGCAGCCCCAAGUGCCUUGUCUCCGAAAUUAAAAGUCCUGAAGGUAACAUAAGUGUACACUCUUAUGUCUCUUAUCAUGGUUUGUUCAUCUGAAGGCAAGGUUGGUGCUGCCCCUAGUGGUGCAGAGCUCACCAAAAGUUCAUACAAGGAGCUUGAUUCCCAUCCUCUUUGCCCUCCCAAAAGUCAGAAGUAGGUCCCAUAAUAUUUUAGCACAGUCUGAUCAUUUAUAAACAGUAACACCUUUUGUUCUUAUCAGAGUGGUAUGAAUUGAAUGGCUUCCGUAUAGCAGAGCGAUGCAGCAUCUUUGUAGGCUAUUAAUAGACUGUCGCUGACUCCAUGUUAUGUAUUCAGCCAUCUGAAUUGAAUUUAUAUGUAAACAUAAAUUUAAUUUAUCUCACAUUUGCAUCAUCCGUUGACCUGUCUAUCCAUUUCCCCUGAAAUGGGUGUACUUGCUAAUUAUUCACAAAUGAUAAUGAUAUUUUUAUCAUUAUGUGUUAAAUCUAAAAUAAAGUGUUAGCUUUCCAUAGUAUUUUUAUUUAUAAAUUUUCUAAUCUGAUAUUAGAAAUUGAAGUAGAAAAGUUAUUUUAUGUUAAAGAUAAUUAUCAUCCAGUGCCUUGGAAAUGGAAGAGAUGGAAACAGCUUUCAUACACACUCAGUUCAUCAAGUUACAUAUAAUAUUCUUAGUGAUGGGAAUAUAGUGAGCAUAGAGACAGAGGCAUACAUGUUGGUUUCUAUGUUGGACACACACACACACACAAAAUAUGCUAUAUUACACCUUUUUCAUGUAGACUUUGUAGAUUCUGAGAAAUAAUAUAUAUGGGAAAGUGCAUUUUAUUGAAGAAAUGUAGAAAUAAAUAUCUAAUUAAAUUGCAGAUCCUGAAGAAUAACAUUAGAAUUAUAUUUGAAUUUUAUCGCAAAUGUUCAUGCCCACUAAAUCUGAAGCUGAUGUUAUGAUAUAAAUGUACUUGUAAGAGAGGUAAAUGUGCUAGUUUUUUUACAUGGGUGCAAAUAACUUGUGCUAUUUGUACAAAAAAAUAAGACCUCUAUUUUAGGAAGCCUCAUUAUACAAACACAGUUGCAUUAAUUACUCAGAUUCAGGGAAAUAUCUGUCAUCACACAUUUUAAUUCCACAUCACAGUUACACCAUUAAUAUAGAUAAAACAGUAACAUUAUCAAAAGGAAGUGCUUUUAUAUUGUUCUUAAAGACAGGCCUAGAACUUUCUGUAAUAUAUUUUUUAAGUUUGACAUGAUCCAGAUUGACUGUUCAUAUCUGCACCUUGGUGAUACAAGACGCUUAGAAGAAAUUUGUUUAAAUGAUGAUGAUGAUGAUGAUCAUAAUAAUAAUACAUUUGGUGCAGAUAGCAGAUAUACAGCAGAAUGGAAAGUCCUUAUUGUCUUUGGAAAACUGUUCAUUGUCAUUUUUCAUAUUAUUUUCAUUUCACCAUUAGACACUGUACAUGGAAAAAUGAUUGCAAUUCAUUUAUCCCAUUACACAUCUUUUUAGUUUUGUAGUCCACUAUGGUCAGAAUGCCAGGGUCAGAUUUACGCAAUCUAACCAUGGUUUUAGUGCAGGACAUUUAUAUUGCUAUAAAUCAUGAAGAUUGCAUUUAAACUGUUGCUCACAGAAGAGUUACUGCCUGUAGGAUCUCAGCUCAGUCAGAUGAUGACCUUUUCACUAUGUACACCUCAUAGUGCCUAUAUCGGUGAAAACAUGAGAAAUUGUCCUUGUAUUGCUGCCCUUCUACCAUUUAUGAUUUGUUUGUGUGUGUGUCUGUGUGUCUGUGUGUGUCUGUGUUUGUUUGUGUGUGUUGUUUUUGUAAACACAUUUUUCAGAAGCAUAAUCUUGAAAAACUUGUGCACUCAAAAUAGCAACACAUUCCUGCCAUAAUAUUUAAACUGUUUAAUGGGUUCUUAAAGAGAAAUAAAUGAUAUGCAAGCAUUUGGUAAAAGACCUGCUUAAUUUGGUAUGUUUCGCAUAAGAUUUUCAGUAACCAAACUUUCUUAUAUAUUAAGGACCUUUGACAUCUUCUGAGAAAAGUACAUAGGCAAGUGUUUUUUCAUGUCCAAGUAUAGAACAGAAUGGCCUGUUUCUGUAAAGUACCUAGAAGCUAUCAGUUAUAGGCUAGAGACGUCUCGUGAAGUUCCAUACUUCAUGAAGUUCCAUACUUCGUGAAGUUCAUGCAUGUCAAGGUUCUUUGCAUGGCAUGUUAAGAAUACAAUUAAAAAUAUAUUAUACUUGUGUUUUUAUUUCUUCUUAUAACUGGAUAGAGUGGUUUUUUUAUGGUUAGGUCAUGGGGAAUUUGAGUCAAAGUGUGAUUUAUUAAAAUGUGUUAAUUGUCAGUUUGUAUGUUUUUAUAAUGAAAAUGGGUUUUAUUUUGUUGCCGGAAAGCAAAGUUUCACCUGCCAUAGUGUGGAAAUCCAGAACGGAAUCUGGCAUUUUAAUGAGCUGUAGGACAUCUAUAAAACAUUUAGCAGUUUCCUGCAAAUUGACAGCCAAACUUUACCCAAAAUAACAGAGGUACAGAUAAUAUAUUAAACUUUUUUUUUAAUGCAAUGCUUAUUUUUAUACAAAUAUAAUUACAUGUAACACUGUUUUUCAUUAUUCUGAUUUAACUGGAUAACAAUUUCAACAGAAGUGUAUGUUUCACAGCUUGAAUUUUUUUCAUUGAAUUACUCAUUUACUGAUGUACAUGGUGUUACUGUUUCACAUUGAUACCUAUAUGUUGUGCAAAGUGUAAUAUGGCAAAAUGGUUCAGUUGAAGUUAUAUUACUAGAACAUUUUUGCUUUUUUAUUGUAAAUGGAAAUAUACCUGCUCGUCAGUGAAAGUUUUGCGUUAAUAUAAAAACCAAUUAAACUGGAUGUUAAUUUUUUUGUGUUAUAUCUUGUAAAACAAUGUACAGUGUACAUUUCAUUUUUUCAUGUGCUUUUAAACACUAUGUAGAUGAAAGUUAAUCAAUUUUUGUUGUUGUUAAGUGAGGUAAUAAUUCCAUACAACUCAAACAUCAA